UAUCUCAAUAGGGUGAAUAAGAGUGCUUCUCCGACAUGAUCCCACCGUCACCUAUAGGUGGAUAGAAGUCAACCUUCAACUCACCUGCAGUGACAAAUAUCCAGGAUGAAGCUGCUGCUGGCUGCUGCCGCUCUUCUGGCCGUGGCCAACUGUGCCAUCAUCUCUAUAGAAGACUGGGAGUUCCACACUUGGAUGUUUAAGUUUGGAAAGACCUACAGCUCGCCGUCAGAGGAGGCACACCGCAAGGGGAUCUGGCUUCAAAAUCGCAAGUUGGUGCUGAUGCACAACAUCAUGGCCGAUCAGGGGACCAAGUCCUACCGCCUCGGCAUGACUGUGUUUGCUGACUUGGAAAACCACGAGUACCGACAGCUGAUUUCUCAGGGCUGCCUGGGCUCCUUCAACAGUUCUCUGCCACGACACGGCUCCAUCUUCCUCCGUUCAGUUGCACUUCAUGAACUGCCCCAAACUGUUGACUGGAGGGACAAGGGCUACGUUACCCCUGUCAAAGACCAGAAGCAGUGUGGCUCCUGCUGGGCAUUCAGUGCUGCUGGGUCACUGGAGGGGCAGAACUUCAGGAAGACCGGCACGCUGGUGUCCCUGAGUGAGCAGCAGCUGGUGGACUGCUCCAGAAGCUUUGGUAACAUGGGCUGCAUGGGAGGCCUGAUGGACCAGACCUUUGACUACAUCAAAGCCAACGGAGGGAUCGACACUGAGGACUCCUACCCUUAUGAGGCCAAGGAUGGACCCUGUCGCUUCAACCAUUUAUUCAUUGGAGCCACAUGUACCAGCUACAUGGAUGUGAUUUCAGGUGAUGAAUAUGCUCUGCAGGAGGCCGUGGCCACCGUUGGCCCCGUGUCUGUGGGCAUUGAUGCUUCUCAUGAGUCCUUCCAGCUCUAUGAAUCAGGAGUGUACAAUGAGCCCAUGUGCAGCAGCUCAGUUCUGACUCACGGUGUCCUGGUUGUGGGAUAUGGUUCCUACUACGGAAAUGACUACUGGCUGGUCAAGAACAGCUGGGGUCUACUGUGGGGAGAUAACGGAUACAUCAAGAUGUCAAAAAACAAGAACAAUCAGUGUGGCAUUGCUAGUCUUGCCAGCUAUCCCCUGACCUGAGAAGAUCUAGAACCUUUCUUGAGGAGGAGGAGAACGGCGAUGCAUAAUUUGCUUUAAUUUCAUAAAGAAACUCAUUUAUGAAAUAUCCUUUUGUUGUUGGUUGUACAUUAGUAGUGUACAGACAUAUGCAUUGGAACACGCAUUAAAAAGUGUUUGCCUAAAUGUUAAGAAAUAG